AGUCAUUCGUGUCUUCACGUAUACGUGUCUUUAACACGCGACUUACUGGGUAAUAGAAAUUACAAUUUCGCCCAUUUUUUAACACAUUUGGGAUGAAAAUAGCAGGGAAGGACAUUCUCAGAAAAGAUUGUUUUUAUAUAAGGAAUUACUAAAAUUUGGUCUGUGUUUGGGUUUGUGUUAGUUUAAAAAAAAAAAAAGGCCAUAAGUUCCGUUUGUUUAACGUGUCUUGUUUCGCAUUUUCUUGAUACCUGUUUAUGUAAAAGUUCCAUAAAAAUUUAAUCUGAAAAACAAAAAAAGAUCUCGUGCUCGAUUGGUACUUUACUGAUAUACCUAUUCUCCAUCGUCAUGGUAGAAGCUACACCAGCUCCUUCUUCGGAUAACAUUCAUAUCAUCGAACAACAAAUUGGAAACCAUGAAGAACUAAACUCCAAUUCUUCAGCUAAAGAAGCAUCAUCUUACGACCAAGGGUCUACAAAACAACAAGAAGAUACGGGAAACGACCCGGGAAAUACCUCAUCCCUGCCGUUAACGAACCAAGAUCUUUUACUUAAUUCUACAAUCAAGUAUGACUUGGAUGAAGACUACGACGAGUUACUAAAUUUAGAGAACCAAAACUCUGAUGACGACGACGACCUCAUUGAUGAAGAAGAAGCAUUGGCUCUGUAUGAAGCAGAACUAAGUUCAUCUCCCUCUAUCAAUGAAGAAGAGAUUGACGCUAACUAUGUUUAUGCAAUCCGUCGUUUUGAUGCUACUGUGGAGGGUCAGGUUACUGCUGAAAAAGGCGAUAUGAUGUUGCUUUUGGAUGAUUCCAAUAGUUAUUGGUGGCUUGUUAAGAUUUGCAAUAACACUACUAUUGGAUAUUUACCAGCAGAAUAUAUUGAAACACCUAGCGAGCGUUUAGCACGCUUGAAUAAAUACAAAAAUUCCGAUACUUCAAGUUCUGGAAAUGCUCUUCCUGCUCCAUCCCUCGCCUCGUCUUUAAGCAAAAAUGACGAAUCGCUUCGGAUUCGCAUGAAGCGAGUUGCUUUUGAUUGUCCUAUAAAGCCCGGUACUGAUCCAGAUAUGGAUGAUACCUUAUUUUCAGAAAAUGAUUAUGAAGCCAUGGUAAAUCGUGCAGUAGCCGAAAAUGGACUGGAAAUUGAAUUUUCCACUAGUAAUGAUACUUCCUCGGAUGAUGAGUCAGUUAACUUGGACGGUGCUAUUGAUGAUGAUGAUGACGAGGAUGAUGAUAAUAAUAAGGCCACUCUUACUGAACGAGAAGCUUCCGUUCAUUCCUCCACUUUAGCUACCGAUUCUUUAGAUAUUGACUCAAACAGGGACUCUCAGGAUUUAGUUUCCUCCAGUACCGAGGAGUAUCAUGACGAUAGCGAAACAAAACUUCAGAAAGGCGACGAACGAGUGUAUCGUAAUUCUGAUAUGAUUGCCCCAACUCCAAGGUUUUCUAAUAAGGUAUUAUCCCCUCUAAAACGGGCAUUGUCUACAGGCGCGUUAAAAACUACCUCAAGUGCCACUCCUGACCCUGAUCGUCCUCUGUCUUGUCCUCCUCCGGAUGCAACCGUUGAAAUCCGGUCACCACAAUUCGAAGAUACUAAGUCAAGUGUAUCCAAAAAUUCUGAUAUUCACAUCAUCCCUGGGACUGAAUACACUGACAAGAAAAAACAUCCAAUCUCUAAUCGAGCUUAUGCUAAUGAAGCACAUAUACCCUCGUCAGCAACUUCUGAGGGUAGUCAUUUUAUAUCUCAACCCAUUCGUCAUUUUGUUUCUUUAGAUUCGACCAACGGGAAGGAAAUGGAGUCGCAGCCUCCUAGUGCCUCUUCUUCGACGCCCUCGUCUCCGACAUUUCAGGACGCGGAAGGAGAUUCCGGUUUGACUCAAAGUGUCCCCGUUGACGAUCCAAAUCAAAAUAUACAACCUAAAAUUUCAAAUGCUCCCCCUAUUACAAUAAAUGAUAAUCAUGCUGAAGAGUCGUCGGAGAGGAUUGCUUCGCCGAUCGAAAUUAAACGCAAAGCUUUACCAGGAGAUAAUUCUAGUCUGACUGUCUUUGAUGACGAAGAUAAUGAUCAUGACGAAUUAAAAAGCAAUAAUGCAUCUGGCGAGGAUUCUAUGUUUAGCUUGUAUCAGUCGUCCAUUGGCUCGGAAUUUGACAAAAAUGAACAAAGUCUUACUCCAGAUUUAGUUACUGGAAGCGGUGAGGCUAGUACACCGAGAUCCCAUGAUUCUGAUAUAUAUGCGGAUAGAAGUUUGAACCCAGAAUCUUCAGAGAGCCCUACUUCGUACGUCUCUCCUCCUACAUCAAUUUCAGAAGAUGUCCUUACGAACCCAGAAUCCAUUCCAGCCGAAGUCCCCACCGUUGCCCAAAAAACAUUGUUUCACCAUCAUACCAACUUAAAUCAGAGACUUAAAAAUUUUAUAGCCGAUCCGGAUUCUGUAACCGAUUUGUACUGGACCGUCAAGUCAGCUGGUGUACGAGCAUCUCCAAAAUCGUCAUACCCUAAUGAAGAUAAUGUUCGCUCGCAGUUAGAAGAGUCGUAUGCUAAUAUAUUAAGGAGUCUGUCUGACGAAUUGGCUUCGGGGAUGAAAUCCAGCGGCUAACUCAUUAAGUUAAAAACGUUCGUGUUUUUUACCCAGUACAGUUAAAGCUGUACUUCUUUUUGGUGAUAUUCUGUUGUAAUUGUAAUUUUAGUGUACAAUGUAUUUAUUUCCUUUUGUUUAUAGUUAUUAAUUGCUUUUUAAUUCAAUGAUGGCUUUUUUAUCCUGCAUAUG